UUCAAGUAAGAUUUUCUUUUCAUGUACAUGGAACUACAGCACUCAUUUAUAUUAACAUGAAGAAUAGUUAUUGUUUACUAAAUGUGUGAUGAAACACUGCCACUGAGCCAAAGGAGCAGGAAUCUGGAAAGGUUCAUUGGCGCAAGCUCCCACAACGGUGAUAAGAGCAGGAGUGGGAGAAACGGUCACAAUGGAAUGUCCACACACACCGAAACGGAAACACAUUGGCUGGUGCAGAGCAAAUUCCUCAGAGAAAUGCAUUAUAGUAGUGGACACUCUUAAGUACAAUGACAAUGGAAGAACAUCAAUCAGAAGACUCAAUGAAUCUGUUUUCGUAACCACAAGUCAACUUAAGAAGAGUGACUCAGGGACUUAUUGGUGCGGACAUUACAAGGAAAAUUCUAUCAUAAUAUCAGACAUUGUCAUGCUGGAAGUUUUCACAGCAGAUUCAUGGACACCAAACAAAACCACAGUCAACGGAAUGAUGGGAAACUCCACCACUCUACACUGUCAGUACGAGGAGCAAUUUAAAUCAUACAAGAAAUUCUUGUGUAAAGUAACCUCUGUAAAUAGGUGCAGCAUCAUAGCUAGCUCUGAACAGAGCAACAGCAGAAAGCUAUCAAUCAGCAUAAACAAUUACUCUAACUUUGCUGUCACCAUGAAGCAGACUGACGAAGUAGAUGAAGGGGAGUACUGGUGCGGAGCAACGAUAACAGUUGACUUCGAGAUCGUACAGGUUAAAAUCCUGGAGUUUUAUAAAGCAACUACAAGAAGACCAAAAGUUCCCACCAACAUCGGAAGGAACAACACCCCACAGAUAUGGCACAUUGUGCUUCCACUUGUGUUGGGACUACUAGUCUUAUUACUGAUAGUUCUGCUUAUAAAGAGAAUGAAACGGAUCAAACCUAUCACUCCUGAGAAUAAUAACAAAAUCCCAGAAACUCCUGCUACAACCAAGAUUGAGAAAGAAACUGAAGAUACCAUUACCUAUUCCACUGUGACUAUUCAGCCUUCUACUCAGGCAGAAGAAAGUCCAGUAAUUUAUUCUAAUCUGAAGGAUAUGAAAGAGCAAAAUGGAGACAUCAAGAUCCAUUCUUCAGAAUCAGUGGAAUAUUCCACCCUCAUGUUUAGCUCCUAGUGCAACUACCUCCCAGUGUUCUGGAAAUGUUCUCAAGUUAACGUCAUUCUUAUAAAUAUUUGCAUUACAGACAUAUCAAAAUUAUUUUUAAGAAAUUAAUUACAAGCAAAAAGAAGUGUGCCUGGGAUCUAGUGAAUACCCAAGUUUACUUGGAUUUUAAUCUUUGCUUAACUUUCAUUUGAACUCUGAAAAUAUGAGGUUAUCCAAAUCUCUGCCAGCCAUGUCCUAACUUGCAGCAGGUGCUGUGUGCCUCUCACCCUGCCUCACUGACACAUAACAGCUCCUGGUAAAGGGACACAAGUUAAAAGUUCACAUCGUUUUUUUCUCCUUGGCCUCAAUCCUCCCCAUGUGUAAGCUCCUCCUGCUCUACAACUCUCCAAGAUCUCUGUACUCCCCAAUUCUAGCCUCUUGCUCACUCCCAAGUUUAAUCUCCCUACCUUUCUCUCUUCUUGAAAAACUGGGCCUUUGACCAAGCCUUUGGUCAUCAGCCCUAAAAUGCCCUUAUAUGGGUCAUACCUUGUUAUGACCUUGCACCUCAUUGUCUACCUGCACUGCACCUCCUCUGUAGCUGUGACACUUUACUCUGUAUUCUGUUAUUGUUUUACCUUGUACUACCUCAAUGCACUGUGUAAUGAAUUGAUCUGUACAAACAGUAUGCAAGACAGUUUUUUCACUGUACCUUGGUACAAGUGACAAUAAUAAACCAAUACCAAUCAUUUUCUUUGAUUGAUACUACUUAUGUAAAACCUUUGGGUUAUUCAUGAUACGUUAAAGGUUCUACAUCUACAGGAAUUGUUCCUGUUUUUUCUCUGUGUUCUCCGUCUCCCUGCAGGACAGAAUAAAUGACUGCUGUAAUUUCACACCCUGCGUUGACAGAUACACAGGAGCAGUUCAGUUACCCAUUUGUUCAGUAACAACACCCCUAUGGGUGAAAACCAUCUGCAGUUACAAACUGGGAUUGCCCAUGUGUUGGGAAACUAAAGAACUGGUUGUUGACCUGAGGAAGUGGUAGGGGUGGGGGCGGGAGGGUGAACACAACCCUGUCCUCAUCAACAGAGCUGCUGUAGAGAUGGUCGACAGCUCCAAGUUUCUAGGCAUCCAGAUCACCAACAACUCACCUGGUCCCUCGAAACCUUUGUGGUGAUCUAGAAAGCACUUCAGCGCACAUACUUUCUUAGGUGUCUGAGAAGAUUCAGCUUGUCCACGAGGAUUCUCUCGAACUUCUACAGGUGUGCUAUAGAAAGUAUUCUGACGGGUUGCAUUUCAGCAUGGUGUGGCAACUGUUCUGCUCUGAGCCAAUGGAACCUGCAGAGAGUGGUAAACACUGCCCAGUCCAUCACAGGCUCGUCACCUCCCUCCAUGCAGUCUAUCUUCAUGGUGUGUUGCGUCAGGAAGGCUAACGGUAUUGUCAAGGAUACCUGCCACUCUGGUCAUUCCCGCUUCUCUGUUCUAGAACAGUCUUUUCCCCAGGGUUAGGGAAUCAAGAACUAGAGGGCAAAGACUUAGGGUGAGGGGGAGAGAUUUAAUAGGAACCUGAGGGGCAACUUUUUCACCUAGAGGGUAGUACAUAUAUGGCACGAGCUGCCAGAGGAAGUGGUUGAGGAAGGCACAUUAACAAUGUUUAAAGGGCACUUGGACAGGUACACGGAUAGGAAAGGUUUAGAGGGAUAUGGGCCAAAUGUGGGCAAAUGGGACUGGUUUAGAUGGACAUCUUGGUUGGCAGAACCAGUUGGGCCGGAGGGCCUGUUUCCAUGCUGUAUGACUCUAUGACUACUUCAGCUUGCACUACUAUACUUUACACCAAUCCGUUGUCUCUUCACUUGUCACUGUAUUUAUAGUUGUAUUUAUUAUUACCAUGUAUAGUGUUUAUUCUGUGAGCUUCACACUUGCAAGGAAUUUCAUGGCAGCCUGGUUUAUACAACAAUAAACUAACCUGAA